AUGGAGCAGUGUGAGGUGUGCAAGGAAUACAGUGGCAAACAACUAAAAGAGAGAUUGAACCCUCAUGACAUCCCCUCUUGGCUCUGGGAGAAGGUAGGGAUUGACUUGUUCAAUGUCAAUGACAGAAACUAUAUGGUCACCAUAGACUACUACAGUUUUGGGGAUGUGGAUUACCUCGAAGACACUCAGGCAAGAACGGUGAUCAGGAAGCUGAAUGCUCAUUUUGCGUGGCAUGGGAUACCUGACAUACUGUUCUCAGACAAUGGCCCACAAUACACCUCAAGAGAAUUCAAACAGUUCUGCACUAAAUGGAAAUUCCAGCACAAGACAUUAUCCCCUGGGUACCCACAAAGCAAUGGGAAGGCUGAAUCAGUGGUAAAGACAGCCAAGAGACCUUGUGGAAGGAAAGAUGUAACACUAUGUAUGGAUUUCAGAGGCAAAAGCAGCAGCAAGGAGGAGUCUGAAGGAGGAACAGGACGUGAGGGGGAGGAGACAGGAAGAGGAGGAGAGUUAGGGAGUCUGGGGCAGAACAGCAGGCCCUGUAACAACUCUACAGAUGCUUCAGAGUGGGCGUUAGGUGCCGUGUUGUCCCCGGAGAUUGAAGGAGCCUUCGAACCCGUAGCCUACACCAGCCAAAAAUUAAAUCCUCAAGAAAGAAGGUACGCUACUAUCGAGCGUGAGUGCCUUGCCAUAAAAUGGGGGAUCCAGUACUUUUGGUACUACCUACUGGGGUGGGAGUUCACCCUCAUCACCGAUCAUGCCCCCCUGAGGUGGCUGAGAGUUAAAUGGACAAUGCGCGCAUUACCCAGUGGGCUCUGGCCUUGCAAACUUUUAAUUUCAAGAUCACGUACUGGCCAGGAAAAGCUAAUACAGUGGCUGAUUUUCUUUCAAGAUGCCAUGAGAGUGAAGACAGAACAGAUCCUGUGGAGGCAGCUGUCGAAGAGUUCUGACCAAGGCCGGGGGUCUGCUUGGGAAGUGAAGAGAAGUGGGUCCCUGGAGAGGCUCUAUAGCUGAGAUGGGGGUAGGCAGAAACGCCGAGCAGCAAGGACCAUGCUCAGCCCCAGCUGAUUGCUCCGCAGGGAAUCCCCAGCUGUGGAAGCGGAGCUUGCUGGUGAUUAAGCCCACUGCGGCUCCACUUUAAUGUCCCAAGGAAGUGACCAGAGUGGGAAGGUGGACAACUGAAGGUCCUAGUGGGACGGCCCCAGGCAACAGGACACCAGACCUUACAAACACUCAGAAGAAGAAGGAGGCAAAGGUCAAAGGACUCUGUUGUUGUUGUUGUUGUUGUUUAAAAUAAAUUUUAAAAGAAAUAGAGAGAAGAAAAGGAGAAAAUAUAAAA